AUGAAGGCCGCAGAGAUGGAGGUCCCCGAUGCGCACUUCACUGUGGACAAACAGAAUAUCUCCCUCUGGCCCCGAGAGCCUCCUCCCAAGCAGGAUCCAUCUCUGGUCCUGCGGAAACCUCUCGUCCUCCGCGUGGCAUUAAUCUGCCUGUCACUGGUCCUGGUCGCCUCCGUUGUGCUGCAAGCCAUUCUCUAUCCCUGGUUUAUGGGCACAAUAUCCGACAUAAAGACGGAUGCCCAGUUGCUGAAAGGUCGUGUGAACAAUGUCAGUGCCCUGAGUUCUAAAGUUGAGAAGAACAGCCGUGAUGUGGAGGCAGCCGGCGUGCAGAUCCAGAUGGUGGAUGCCAGCCUGGAUAGUGUGAAUGCUCAGAUCCUGACAUUGACAGCCAGCAUAGAAAAAGCCACUGCAGAGAUCCAAAGCUUAACAAGAAAUUGGGAGGAGGUGGGUCAUUUGAAUGCCCAAAUCCCAGAGUUAAAAAGAGAUUUGGACAAAGCCAGUGCUUUAAAUGCCAAGGUCCGGGGACUGCAGAGCAGCUUGGAGACCAUCAGCAAGUCGCUCAAACAACAAAAUGACAUCCUGCAGAUGGUUUCCCAAGACUGGAAUUACUUCAAAGGGAACUUCUACUACUUCUCUUACACCCCAAAGACCUGGUAUAGUGCCCAGCAGUUCUGUAUGUCCAGGAACUCACACCUGACUUCAGUGACCUCCAAGAGCGAGCAGGAGUUUCUGUACAAGACAGCAAGUGACUUUCCAUUCUGGAUUGGCCUAACCAAAACAGGGAGUGAAGGGAACUGGUUCUGGACGGAUAAUACUCCAUUCAAUGACCCAAGUCUGAGGUUCUGGAUUCCAGGUGAGCCCAACAAUGCGGGAAACAAUGAACACUGUGCCCUUAUAAGGAUUCCUUUGCUCAUGUCAUGGAAUGACGCUUCCUGUGAUAAAACGUUACCUUUCGUCUGUAAGCAGCCCUACGUUCCAUCAGAACCCUGA